GCUCACACUGGGCCACAAGUAACCCUUGUGGUUCGCAAUCUUUACUUCCCAUCUUAUAAUUCUCCCUCUUUGUCAUCUUCCUCCUUCUCUUCUUCUUCUUUUAUCCCAAUUUGGAUUUUCUCUUCUCUUCUCUUCUUCAUCUACUUCACAAGAGAAUUUUUGUUAGGGUUAUUAUCCCUUCCAAUGGCUCUUAACGUGAGCAAAGUGAUUCCAAAUAGUCCCAUAUUAGCAAAGAAGGUUAAUGGCUCAAGAUCUCAAAGAGUUUUGUUGGCGUUUUCACCGAGAAAGGGCUCAUCUUCUGAAGAGUUACAAGGUCUUUGCUGUACAAAACCUGUUACUUUUGUUACUUCUAGGAGAUCUUCUACAUUAUGCUUUCUUGGGAAGUCUCAAGAUACGGAAACUAAACCUCACGAGGAUUGUCUUGAUUUACCCAACUCCCAAAUUGUACAAAAAGAAGGUGAGAAGCAAGUGAUGCCGAGGAGAAAAACCAACUCAAGCCAGGUUUUGGUGGAAUAUGUGUCUAAUGAUGCUAAGUUUGUGAAUGAAAGGGCUCGUAGUGACUUUGUUCUCCUAUCUCGUGGCAUUAUGAGACUUGACGCUCGUGCACGUCAGGACGUUGCAAUUCUUGGCUCGGGGUUCCUUAAACUGGAUGCUCGGGCAAGAGAAGAUACAGAGAAAAUAGACCGUGAUGUCAAGAGAAAGGCCGAGCGUCUUCAUCAUAUUGCUACUAUACUAAAAAACAUAGCUCAGUCUAAGUUGAAAAAUGCCGCUGAUAAGCAUUGGAGCGACGGCGCCUUAGAGGCUGAUUUAAGGCGAGCAGAUUUCCGAGCUAAACAACGGGCAAUGGAGGAUGCAUUAAUGGCUUUAGAGUUCAUCAAGAAUAUCCACGACAUGAUGGUGCAGAAAAUGGUUGACAGCUUGGUUACAUCUGAAACUGGUGUCACGGACCGCAUAUCUCUUGAGAAGAACGGAAAAGCACUCGAUUUUUUCCCGGGGGAAGUUUCAUCUGAUCGCAUAUCUGCUAUUGAGGAAGCUUACAAAAGUAUGGCAUCAGCGCUUUCAGAAGCCGAUGGAAUCGACUACACUGACCCUGAAGAGCUCGAGUUGUUAGUCACGACUCUGAUCGACCUUGAUGCAAUGGAUGGUAAAAGCAGUGCAUCUCUCUUGGCUGAAUGCUCAAGCUCUCCAGACGUCAAUACAAGAAAAGCGUUGGCUAACGCCUUAGCAGCUGCACCAUCGAUGUGGACACUGGGAAAUGCAGGCAUGGGUGCGUUACAGAGACUCGCUGAGGACAGUAACCCGGCGAUUGCAGCAGCUGCUUCGAGAGCGAUUAUUGCGUUGAAGAAGCAGUGGGAAGUAGAAGAAGGAGACUCACUUAGGUUUAUGAUGAACUUGGAAAAACCAGAUGAUGAUGACGAUGGAGAAGACUGUGACAAUGACGAGAUCUAAAACGAGUUUUCUUUUCUUUUUUUUUCAUGUAAAAGAAUAUCAAGUUUGUAGAUAAUUUAGAGUUAAUAAUAAUCUAGUUCACAAAAAAGAAAAAAAAAAUUAUAUGAAAUAUGUAACUAAGAUAUAUGUAUCCGGUCCCGAAAAUUUGGAUAUGUAUGGAUCAUGUGUCACUGAUGUUGGAAAAUUUGUUAUAAUUAUUCAUAAUGAUUAUUUA